GCUUGCUUAGCCUGUAUCAAAUAAAAUAAAAGCUUGCUUAGCCUGUACCAAAAAAACAAAAGCUUGCUUAGCCAAAGACAAGCAUGGUGAUCAAGAGCAUCAAAGAGGAGUCAGGGUUUUUUCUAUUUUGCUGCACAAAAAACUUCCGCAAACCGUCGUCCCUGGAACAUAAACCGGGACAAGGAACGAAGGGAAAUGUUUUAUCAGUCUGGGGCUCGGCCUGUACAAACCAGAAGAAGCCUGGGGGAUGGAAAGCCAUGCCUUACAUCUUAGGAAAUGAAACGUUCGAGAGGUUAGCAACUUUUGGGUUGUUGGCAAAUUUUAUGGUGUAUUUAACGAGGGAGCUUCACUUGGAUCAGGUGUCUGCUUCAAAUGUUAUCUAUAUCUGGUCCGGUGUAACCAAUUUUGCACCUUUGGCUGGUGCCUUUAUCUCCGAUGCCUAUGCGGGGAGGUUUCCAACAAUUGCAGUAGCAUCCUUUGCGUCAUUUCUGGGAAUGUUGAUUGUAACUUUGACGGCUUGGAUUCCGAAACUCCACCCUCCAGAAUGCAAACCUGAACAGCAACUACAUGGUCACUGCAUUGGUCCAAACAACGUUCAACUGGGAGUUCUGCUGACAGGGUUAGGCCUGUUAUCAGUAGGCACGGGUGGAAUAAGACCCUGCAGCAUUGCAUUUGGAAUUGAUCAAUUUGAUCCAACCACCGAAGAAGGGGUUAAAGGGAUCAGCAGCUUCUUCAAUUGGUAUUACACCACAUUCACAGUGGUCAUGUUGCUUACCCUAACUCUUGUGGUUUAUAUUCAAGAGUCAGUAAGCUGGGUUCUAGGCUUCGGAAUUCCUACUCUUCUCAUGGGCAGUUCAAUUCUGCUGUUCCUCAUCGGCACAAGAAUUUACGUGCAUGUUAAGCCACGGGGAAGCGUUUUUUCAAGCAUUGCCCAAGUUUUUGUUGCCGCUUACCAGAAAAGACAGCUUAAGCUUCCAGUAGAGAGACAGGAAAUUGGAGUUUUUUAUGAUCCUCCUUUAAAGGACAAUGUGUUGUCAAAGCUACCCCUCACCAACCAGUUCAGGUUCUUAAACAAAGCCGCCAUAAUAAUGGAGAAUGAAUUACAACCUGAUGGUUCCCCUAAAAGAUGGAGGCUGUGCAGCAUUCAAGAUGUCGAAGAGCUCAAAUGCCUUGUCGGAAUCAUCCCUAUUUGGGCGUCCGGUAUCAUUAGCUUUACCUGCAUGACACAACAGGGAACAUUCACUUUGUCUCAGGCUUUGAAAAUGGACAGGCAUCUGGGCCCCAAGUUCCAAAUCCCAUCUGGUUCCGUUGGGAUCAUAUCGAUGAUCACAGUUGGAAUUUUCCUGCCAAUCUACGACAGAAUUAUUGUUCCAGCUCUUCGAAAAUUCACCAAACGUGAAGGUGGGAUAACGCUUCUUCAAAGAAUUGGAAUUGGCAUAUUUUUUUCUAUUCUAGCGAUGAUCGUUGCUGGAGUUAUGGAAAAGAAGAGAAGGACCUCAGCUAUAUUGCACCCUGGUGUUGCACCGUUAUCAGUCUUUUGGCUAGCUCCUCAGCUUAUUCUCAUGGGUUUCUGCGAGACAUUCAACAUCGUUGGACAGAUUGAAUUUUUCAACAAGCAGUUCCCGGAGCAUAUGAGAAGCAUUGCUAAUUCUCUUCUGUUUUGCUCCCUUGGUGGUGCAAGCUACUUUAGCAGCAUGGUAGUCAAUGUUGUGCAUCAUGUCUCUGGAGGGCAUGGACAUCCUGACUGGUUGACUAGUGAUAUUAAUGCUGGCAGAUUGGAUUACUUUUACUAUCUCCUAGCAGGGAUGGGGACCUUCAAUUUCCUUUAUUUCCUCUAUGUUGCACAUCACUACCAUUACAAGGGCAAUGUAGUACAAGUAGAAGAGAAAUCUGACCCUGAUGUUGAGCUAAGUUCGACAAAGCCAUGAAAUCAAACAAAUGCAACUUAUCACUUCCACAUCUAGUCGUUCGCUGUCACAUGAUAAGAGUAAUAAAAGAGAAGCUCCAUGAUCUUUUCAUUGUUGUAACAGAGCAGUAUGGAAUGUC